AUGUCAACCAACAACAAAGGAUCCUCAAACGAGACGCCGAAAAGAGCUAAGAUCCAGCAGAGCCUUACUGACAAUGUCACGGUGACCGAAAAUGCAGGUGGUUACGUCUCAAACAACAAAGCCUCAGGCUCAAUUUCAACCCAAGAAGCUCUGAGAUCAAAGGCUUCGAAUUCAAUCUUUGACAAAGCUAUGAAUGGGACUACAAACCAACAGAAGACCGGAAUCAAACGAAAGACGAUGCACCCAGACUGA